UGUUUCAGAGGGUGAUUGUGUACGCAUGCGUUCCUCUAAACCGUUGAUCCCAACAUACGUGGCUAUAAUCGAAGAGAUGAAAGCUGAUUCACGAGACGUUCGUGUCCGUUGGUAUUACUGGCCGGAGGAGACAAAGAAGGGUCGGCGUCAUUUCCAUGGCUCAAAGGAGCUUAUUCUAUCUGAUCAUUUUGAUGUUCAGAGUGUUGAUACAAUCGAAGGAAAAUGUACUGUUCACAGUUUGAAGAAGUACAUGAAGCUUGAUGUUGUUGGUGAUGAUGAUUUCUUCUGUCGAUUCAACUACAAUUCCGCUACUGGUGCUCUCACUCCUGAUAUAGUUCAAGUGUACUGUAAAUGUGAGAUGCCAUAUAAUCCUGAUGAAGUUAUGGUCCAGUGUGAUCACUGCACUGAUUGGUUUCAUCCUGCUUGUAUAGACAUGACGGUGGAAGAAGCCGAAAGAAUUGACAACUUCUCUUGUGAAAGUUGUUCUUUGGAAGUUCAAAAAAAGUUGCGAGGUGGAUACUAAACGCCGUCAAAGAUGAAAGUGAUGGUGUAUUAGAUAUAUAAUGGACGGGACUCUGGUUUUUCAAAUCCUUGGUAGGAGCAGAAUAAACUCUGACAAUGGUCUGAAAGUUUGUCAAUGGUUGGAGUAAUCAUCACUGUUUCCCUAGGUAGUGGAGGAUGUGUUUCUUUUUGUUAUCUGUAAUUAUUUUGUGAUGUAGAUUCUCCAUAUAUCCUCAUCGGGUCCUUGUUCAUACUCAGACUUUUGUCAAGUAGCUUGACUUGUUUACAACUACAACCAGUAUACACAUUAAGACUUUCUAUUCUCCGGUGACAAAAUUGUUGUUAGUCGUUUUUUUUUUUUUUGGGUUAACAUGAUAUUAGUAUGAAAUUUUACCACCGUUUAACGGUGAUUAAUCUCCGUCUGGGAACUUGUGGG